UAAUUAGAACGAUAAAUAAAGAUUUUUAUAGCGACAAAUAACAAUCCCCAAAGUUAAACUUAAACCCACGACACCAAAACAAAUAUAUAAAUAAAAGCCCAUCCGCCCUUCUUGUCCCGACCCGACCUGCUUCCCUCACUCACUCUCUCGGUCUCUCCCCUCGCUGCUGGCCUUUUCCUCGUGUACGCACUACGCAGCCAGACUGUGUGUUUAGUGUUUACGCUACUGGCACUUUGCAUCUCUUCCGCCCUCCCUUCGCUUCCCCUUCGAUCUUCUUUCCCUUACAGCAAUGGCCGCUUCUUGCUGAAUUCUUUUCUUCCAUUCUUUCCUGGGAAACGAAUAUUCUUCUUUUCUUUUCAUCUUUGGGGGGGAUUGGGCUCCCUUUUUCUCCUCCAAAAAUGAUGGCGCAGGCGAAGCGGCGGUGUAGGGCGGUGCCGGUGAUGAGGAAGAUGAUAACAUGCGCUAUAUGUGCAUUCGCCAUGGUGGCCGUGCUCUCCGUACACGUCCAUGUUCAAGUCUUCCCUUCCAGAGUUCCCGUCUUGCCUGAUCCUUACAAGCUCCCCACUACAACCACUCAGAAGGGGAUGACUGAACAGCAGCAAAGCUGGAGUAGAGAGGUUGUUCCACCCCAUUCCAAGGCACCAAUUGCUCCUCACCAGAUUUGACAGUUGGAAAGUGUUAAUGCUGUACCCGCUCUCAAGCUAUGGAAGCCUCCGUCGAACCGUGAUUAUUCUCCCUGUGUGGAUCCUAGUUCUAACUAUACAGCUCCUGGAGAGUCGAGUGGUUACCUAUUAGUUCAUACUAAUGGUGGGCUCAACCAGAUGAGAGCCGGGAUAUGUGAUAUGGUUGCUGUUGCUCGUAUCAUUCAUGCCACUCUUGUGGUUCCGGAGCUGGAUAAAAAUUCUUUUUGGCAAGACACUAGCUUUUGGUCACUGCAACAUCAUAAUUCCGUUUUCCAUUGCAGCAUCUUUUCAGAUGUUUUUGACGAGGACUAUUUCAUCAGUUCUCUGGCUAGUGAUGUAAAAAUUGUGAGAAAACUUCCCAAGGACAUGUCAGGCGUCACUAAAGCAGUUAAGCAUUUCAGAAGCUGGUCUGGGAUGGAUUACUACAAGGAAGAAAUCUCUAGCCUUUGGGAAGAUUAUAAGGUUAUUCGAGCUGCUAAAUCAGAUUCCCGCUUAGCAAAUAAUAAUCUUCCUCCAGAUAUCCAGAAGCUACGUUGCCGUGCAUGUUAUGAAGCUCUGCGUUUUUCACCUCAAAUUGAAGCCAUGGGAAAAUUAUUGGUGGAUCGAAUGAGAGCUUAUGGUCCUUACAUUGCCUUACAUUUGCGAUAUGAGAAAGACAUGCUUGCAUUCAGUGGGUGCACACAUGGUUUAUCUGUUGCCGAAGCAGAUGAACUGAAGAAGAUCAGAGACGACACCUCAUACUGGAAAAUCAAAGAUAUUGAUUCUGAGGAGCAGCGAUCCAAAGGCUAUUGCCCCUUAACUCCAACAGAGGUUGCUAUGCUUCUUACAGCUCUUGGGUACCCGUCAAACACACCCAUAUAUAUAGCUGCUGGGGAGAUCUAUGGUGGUGAUGCUCAUAUGGGUGAACUCCUGACCCGCUAUCCUUUACUAAUGAGCAAGGAAAAAUUGGCGUCAGUUGAAGAGCUUGAACGGUUUCUCAAACACGCCUCUCAAAUGGCUGCUCUCGACUAUAUUGUGUCUGUGGCGAGUGCUGUCUUCAUCCCAACAUACUCUGGUAACAUGGCAAGGGCGGUUGAAGGUCAUCGUCGUUAUCUAGGACAUCAAAAAACUGUCACACCAGAUAGGAAAUUGCUUGUUCGUCUUUUUGACAAAGUUGAAAGGGGGAAAUUGAGAGAAGGUAGACCUCUUGCGACGCGUGUCAUCGAAUUGCACAAGAAACGGCAAGGAUCCCCGAGGAAGAGGAAAGGACCCAUCUCAGGAACUAAAGGCAUGGAUAGGUUUCGUUCGGAAGAAUCAUUCUACGUGAAUCCAUUACCAGACUGUUUGUGUCAGAGACAAUCAUCAUUGAGCACAGGCACCUCUUCUGCAAUUAGGUAGACUGACUGACUUCUAAACCCUAGUGGACUCUUAAUUUUGUUUCUCAAGACAGACAGCAGACAUCCCUGUACAGCCAAGCCAAACCAGGAUAUCUCCCUUCAAAGUUGAAGACGAGCAGCAACCAGAGGGAGGGAGGGCAGAAGCUGGUUGUGGGUUCCCGGGGAUACGUGAUGUACAUAUUAUAUCUGUGAGUUGUGAAAUCUGCAGAAGUUUCUUCAUUGUUUAGAUUUCUUUUUGGGAGUGGGGAGGAGAAUUUGGAAUAUAUAGGAUUAAUAUCUGUUACAAGGGGAGGCAAUUUUACUCUGGUAAACAAGGUCUGAAAGUUUGAGAGAGGAAGAUUGGGCAGGAUCACCCUCUUAGUUAAGUGGAAGUAUUAGUAGAAACUAGAAAUCAAAUUCUUUUAGUUAAUGGGGAGAGAGAUACUUCUAUAUGUUUUUGGUUUUGUUAGAAAUGAAAAAAAAAGUUCGUUUGUUGUUUGGUUGAUCUCCAUCCGUGCUUCAGUGAACUAUUUUGGGGUUCUUUUUUAUUGUCAAU